UUUGUUAGUUUCUGGGAAGAAUAGACAUGUUUAGAAAGCCUGCAUUCUGGAACAAUGCUUUACCCAAAAGCUCUCAGAAAGGACGCUUGAAUCUUCUGAGGUGUGGAAAGGAUAAAGGGUAUAUCAUGGUGAUGGCUCGUGGAACAAGUAGACAGGUUAAUAGCCACUCGAGAAAUGAUGCGAACGAAUGGGUAUAGUUGUCAAUCAUGCCCAAAGAUUUUGACUUGCAUAAGAAAAAAGUUUUGGUACUUCACAUGUGUGGUUGCCAACAUUCUCUUGAGUAGCCUUCGUCAGUUGGAGUUGUCCUACAAACUUUUUGAACAUUGAAAAGAACAUCAUUUCAGGGCAUCCAUGGUGUGAAGCAGGAUGCGUCUCUUAUAAUUCCAACAUCGGCAUCAUCGUUCGAAUCUUCUGAUGUCUAUCAUGUCUAAGGUACUGUCAUUCUCUUGACUGCUAAGUUUUUUCAACAUCAUCAAUGACUUUUCCUAUGUAUUCAACAUUUUAACACAAGAAUGAACUGAUUGGAAGUACCUGAUCGAGGUUUAUCAAGUGGGAAACAACUAAAUCCCAAGUCUCUGUACAGUCUGGCCGUACUACUGCUGAGGAGAGGUUCCAUCAAGAAGAUUGUCCAGUUAUCAUCCCACUACUAUAUUAUCCAGCUUGUCAAUGAUAGACUUGCCUGCUGGCAGGGAUCCUUUUAAUCUCAGACUGGUAGGAUUAUCUUCUUUCGCCACUCUCUUAGUGUCUCUUGGAUACCUAAGGUAAUCUGGGUAAAAUUAAAUUGCUAUUAUUUUUUUGGGCAAAAUAGUCAUUCUUCUAAUGUCAAGCACUACAUUGCUUGGGAGGGAUACUGUCACACUUCCCUUCCUGAGGACCUACCUAGAUGGAUUGGGUAUUCAUGGCUAUCAUCUUACUAGCUUAUCCUUCAAGCCAAGAGAGGGCAAUUAUCUACUAAAAUAAAAUCAGGAUGGAAAUAUAAUUAUCUACUAAAAUAUUUUUAAUAUAAAAAAAAUCAGGACGAAAAAAGAAAAAAAUAAAGAAAGAAAGAAAACAAAAUAACCACCACACCCGCGGACCAAUCAGUGCAUCAAAUCUUGUUGCCUAUUACAAGCAACAAAAAAGCAAGUUAAAAGAAAGUUUGAAGAAGCCAUUGACUGCUUUUGCACGACAUCAAGGAUCUAAAGAUCAUACAUAUCCUCAAGGAAACAUACAUUAUGACUGCUGAAUUAAGGACGGCAAGUUGUCGCUUUGAAUUGAGUAGCUAAACACCAAGUGGCACCUCGGGAAUUGAUUCCAGGUUUCUAAAGAGGUAGAAUUUUUCUGAAAGAAAAGCUUUCUCCCUGCCUGCUUUAUUCCCUGUGCUACCCCCUGGUGAUGCCUGCAAUGAGUAAGCACAUGAACUUUAACAGGCAAAGCAGGUCCCAUGAGGACCAUUCCCUGUUCCAUUUUGGAUCCCUGAGUUGGAUGCAGUUUCCUAGUGUCAACCUGCAGAAAGUUAUGUAAGCAGCUCGAAGAAAACUGUAGAAAUUACCUCCUUUGAAGCUUCACCAUUAAAAAAAUAGUAGCACCCAUCACUCCUUGCAUCGAAGCCCCUCCUCCUCCCUGACAUCACUCCACCAUCCACUACAAAGGCAUCAGCAGGCCACCACCAGCACUUAUUUUGCGGAAGAAUAACUCGAGCUUCCCCUUCUCUAAUGGCAGCAGAAGCCAGGAGAGCCAGGGAGAAGCAGACCCGAAAGGAAGAAGAGAGAAGCCUCCAACAGGAAGCACAGAGCCCGUUUGCUAAGGGAGCACUUAGAAGCUUCUUCACAUGCAAGCAUCACCAACCAGGAGAAAGGAACAAUGGGCACAGCAUGCGGAUGGGAUGCUCUGGGUCUAUUUGCAAGCUGAGGGACAUGCAGAGGCCAGAGACGGUCUUAGCUGAGCCUUGCAAGAAAAAUGCUGCAGCAUCAGGUGGUGGUAGUGGUAGUGGUAAUGGUAAUGGUGGUGAAGGAACCAAGAAACAGCCCUUGAGUGAGAUCAAUGGAGUUGUUUCCAAGCCCUCCUCUCAUUCUGCUGCUUCUGUGGCUGCCUCCUCUUCUUCUACUUCUUCUGUUGGUGGCUCUUUCAGGCGAAUGCAUCGUAGGAGGCUUUAUGGCUGUUAUGAGUGUCACAUGGUGGUCGAUCCCAUAAGUAUGCUGUCAAGGGAUUCCUCUCUGGGGACGACAAUCUGUACCUGCCCUGACUGUGGAGAGAUUUUUGUGAAAGCUGAGAGUCUGGAGAUUCACCAGGCGGUGAGGCAUGCAGUAUCAGAAUUGGGACCUGAAGACACUAGCAGAAACAUAGUUGAGAUCAUAUUCCAAUCGAGUUGGCUAAAGAAGCAAACACCAGUUUGCAAAAUCGACAGGAUCCUAAAGGUCCACAAUACCAACAGAACACUGACAAGAUUUGAAGAUUACCGGGACUCCAUAAAGAUCAAGGCCAGCAAGCUAGCAAGGAAGCACCCGAGGUGCACUGCAGAUGGAAAUGAGCUCCUGAGGUUCCACUGCACCACUUUUAUGUGCUCCAUCGGCCUUGAUGGGGCCACUAACUUGUGCAACUCUAUCCCCAAGUGCAGCUUGUGCAGCAUUGUAAGGGAUGGAUUCAAGAUCGAUUCACAUGGAAGAAUCGGAACGAUGGCUACCAGUGGGAGAGCACACGAUGCCGCUGACAACGUAUCGGAUAAGACUGCGAUGCUGGUGUGCAGAGUUAUAGCUGGCAGGGUGAAGAGGAAACAGGAUGAUUUGGAGGAGUAUGAUUCAGCAGCUGGCAUGGCAGGAAUCUACUCAAAUUUGGAUGAGCUAUUCGUGUUCGAUCCUAAAGCUAUUCUGCCUUGUUUUGUUGUAAUUUACAGGAGCUGAUCUCGCAUCUUUCUCCAUGCUUUUGUCUCUGCUGAAACUUCACAGACCUCUGUGCCUCGCUAAUUUGAAUGAUGCAGCAUCUGAUAUUGCUCCAAAAACAAAAGCUGUAAUCCGAGUUGCCAUUGCUCAAGUUAUCUUCUAAUCGAAUGACGUACGUAGCAUCUGAUAUUGCUCCAAAAACAAAAGCUGUAAUCCAACUUGUGCAAAAGGAGCAACCUUAUUGUUGAAUAUUAUAUAUCUCAUACGAGACGAUGACAGUGGGUCUUUAUUUGCAUUUAG